AUGUCGGCUCUUAUGUUAACGUUUGCCAUCAUUUCAGUGUUUCAGAUAGCGGCAUGUUUCAACAUCGAGUCUACUUCUUGGAGACACAUCCACCAACCGGCCGAGGGCUUUGGUUACAGGGUGAUCCAGGACACCGCUUCACGUCUGUUGGUGAGUGCCCCUCUGGAGCAGCAUGGUGUGGAUAGGAGAGGACGGGUUUACCAAUGCCAGGUCUCAUCCAGCUCCUGCUCACCACUACAAAUAAAUGUUCCUUCGCAUGGAUUGAAUAUGUCUCUUGGCCUUUCCAUGAGCAAGACAGAGUUAUCUACAAAGACAAUAGUUUGUGGUCCAACCAUCCCAAAAGAGUGUGAUAACAUCAAUCUCUAUGGUGGGAUGUGUUUCAGCAUUGGACCGUCUCUUCAACAAGGAGGACCUGUGCCAGCAUCUCUUCAAGACUGCAAGGCUACAGAUAUUGCAUUCUUGCUGGAUGGGUCUGGGAGUGUUAAUUGGAUGCAGUUCAACACCAUGAAGACAUUUGUGAAAGGCCUAACCACAAGACUUCUGCAUCAAAACACGAGGUUUGCCUUGGCACAGUACUCCAGGGAAUGCACCAUCCACCUGAAAUUCAAUAUGUUUGAGAGAGCAACAUGGAACCGUGAGGUGGACAGUAUCAUACAGCAACAAGGAGGCACUUAUACAGCUGGUGCCAUCCAGACAGUUGUGAAUUCUGUAUUUGAUGCGUCUGCUGGAGCGAGACCUGAUGCUACAAGGAUCCUCAUUGUCAUCACAGAUGGGGAGUCACAUGAUGCCCAAUAUUAUCCCACUGUUACAAGAUUGGCUGACGCUAAAAAUAUUUUUAGAUACGCUAUUGGGGUUGGCAACGCCUUUAACAGUGACUCAGCACAAAAUGAGCUCAGGAGCAUCGCAUCCUCACCCACAUCAGAGCACAUGUUUAAAGUGGACAGCUUUGAGGCACUGGACCAAAUCAGCAGCACCCUUGAAAAGAGCAUCAUUGCCAUAGAAGGAACCCAAACCAUUGGUGAUGCCACAACGAUGGAAUUUGCCCAGAAUGGAUUCAGUGCAGCUCUUGUGUCUAGACCCAAUGAGAGGUUUCUAGUGGGUGUGGUCGGGGCAAAUGAAUGGAGAGGAGGUUAUCAGGACAUCCAUCUGUCCAGCGGGGAGCCCAGCUUUACCAGGGUGGAUCAGAUCACGGCUAACAGCUAUCUGGGCUACUCCAUGGCUAUAGCCCACGGGGGAGAGGAUCACAUAGUUAUGGGGGCCCCCAGGUAUGAACACAAGGGGCUACUCAUGGUCUUCUCUCCUGGAAACAAGACACCAAAGAUGAUCACACAGUCUCAGAUCGGUGCCUACUUUGGAGCAGAGGUGUGUGUGGUGGAUUUGGACGGAGACUCCAACACUGAUCUGAUUCUGGCAUCUGCCCCCAUGCACACAGAGGGAGAGAGAGAGGGGAAAGUGUUUAUCUACAGAGUAUCAUAUCAGAGCAACUUCAUAUUUGCCGGUCUGCAGGACACUGGUGUGUCCCUGCUGGGGCUGGAGGGUCAGAGGGGGAGGUUCGGCUCGUCUCUGGCCAGCCUGGCUGACCUGAACGGGGACGGGGUCAGGGACGUGGCCGUGGGAGCUCCUCUGGAGGAUAACGGACAGGGCAGCGUGUACAUCUUCAACGGGAGGAGAGAGGGAAUCAACCCCACCUACUCACAGAGGAUUGCGGGUUCGUCGGUGCGGUCCGGUCUGCGGUUCUUUGGGCUGACCGUGGCCCAAUCUGCUUUGGACCAGAGUGGAGACGGACUGCCUGACAUCGCAGUCGGGUCCAAAGGAGCGGUUCUGCUGCUCAGGUCAAGGCCCAUUGUUACUAUAACCACAAGUGUUACAUUUGAACCAUCCAAAAUCCCCAAAUCCAUCUACGACUGUAAGAGUCCUCAGCAGAAUAAAGCCAGUGUGUGCUUCAGCAUGACUAAGGUCACUAAAGAUAGCUUGAAAGAACUGAAGGCAAAACUCACCUACACACUCAGCCUAGAUUUUGUCCGUCAAAAUUCCCGAGCCUUCUUCACAGCUGGAGGGACAGCUGGAGGGAAAGACAGGAACGAAAACAAAGAGGUCACAGUGCUAGGUAAAAGCUUCACUUAUAAAGUAUUAUUCCCUUCAUCAUACGCUCACCCACAGCGAUCCUUUGUGUUCUUCCAGUGCUCCCCAGAGGAUGUUGUGAAUCCUGUGGACGUCCAGGUGGCCUUUUCCUUCCAGGGGCUUCCUAUCCCGUCUGCAGACCAGCUGACACCAACGCUGUCCAUCAGCUCCCACAACACCACAGACCACCAGUUAAGCUUUGAAGUUGACUGUGGAGAAGACAACAACUGUACUGAUCAAAUCCAUAUCAACUUUGAAUUCUCUGGAUCCAUCAUCGAGGUGGGCAUUACACAGGAGAUGAGUGUGAGGGUGAGGGUGGAGAAUAGAGGAGAGAACUCCUACAACACACAGGUGCUUCUUUUCUACCCUCCUGGCCUCUCCUACAGGACCUUCACCAAGAGCCAGGGCAGGGUGGAGUGCACUUCUCUAGACAGCACAGAUGGAGUCACCUUGGGACAGACUGACUGCAGCAUCAACAGACCCAUCUUGCGGGCUAGAGAUAAGGCUGAUUUUAUUGUUCAGUAUGGAAUUGGUGAAAGCAGCCGUUUUGGUGACAGGAUCACCAUUCAGGCCAAUGCUUCAAGUGACAACGAUAUACAUGAUCCCAGUAGCCGGCUGUCCAAACGUCUGGAUAUUGGGGUCAAAUACAGCAUAUAUGUAAUUCUGAACAGUUUUAAAGGUACCACCAACUACAUUAAUUUCACUGCAGGAGAAAAUAAUUUGCAAAAACCAGUGAUACAAGAAUUAGAGGUGACAAAUAAAAUCAGAGGACUCAAUCUGACUGUUGUUAUUCACGUUCCAAUAAGACUCCAAGACAAAGAUAUCUGGACCAAUGUGGGCAGUUUGCAAAUCCAGGGAUGCUCUAGAGGGCUUAAGAGAAGUCCAAACAUCAAUGACCUGACGCGUUUCUUCAAGGACAACAAGGAGCCUCAUGUGAACUGCUCCAUCGCCGUGUGUCUGGAGUUCAGGUGUAACUCCUACAUGAUGAGAGACGACCAAAUCCACUACAGAAUCUCAGGGAAAGUGAGCUCAGAGUGGAUCGAGCAGACUGGGCUGCGUUCUGCUCUGUUCCACCUGGUCAGCUCGGCCACUCUGGAGUACAAUAACAGCAAGUACAUCUUCUACUCCGCAGACUCUUCCCACCAGCCACCAGUUUCCAAGAUUGAGACUCUAGUGGAGGUCUAUGAUGAGCCAGACCUGACUAAGGAGAUCAUUGGUGGAGUGGUGGGUGGCCUGAUCCUAUUGGCUCUCAUGACUGCUGGCCUCGCCAAGUCGGGCUUCUUCAAGAGUCAGUAUCAGCAGAAACUAGAUGAAGCACAAGGAGAAGAGGCAUCACUGCAAGCAGCAGCAGAAUAAGGCAGGGAUCACAUUAGCCAGCGGCAAGCGGCAGCGGCAGCGGCAAGCGUAACGCAACGCUCAGACCAUAAUAAUACAUCUAAACAUUCUAUCUCGUUCCUAAAUUCAAUCUUUGUUGCUCCGUUCUUAGACGAAUCUGAUUGGUUAAAAUACCUAAACAUUCUAAAUGUGAUUGUGAUGAGCCGAACGUUGCGCUUCAAAGUUGAACCAAGUUCAACUCCCAGUUUGCUCAGCGAUAGCGUUACGCCAGUGUUGUCACCGUUCCGCUGCCAAACUAUAUAGAGAACAAUAGGAAAUCUGCCGCUUGCCACUGUCUAGUGUGAUCCCUGCCUAACUGUCUUUUUUCUCUGAGAGAUGGCUGGAUCAGAAUUGAACACUGGUUGCAUGUGAUUGGUUUGUUCAAUUUCACUUCACCAGAGAGGUGUUGCCUAUUUCAGAGUCUUUGCCUUGGCCCAGCUUCCUGCUACCUAAAUCAUAGCUGAACUUGGGCCCUGCGUGCAUAUGUGUGUGUGUUUAAAAAGUGUUUAUGCAAAAUAUAUAAAUGUAUGUAUAAAAAAAGACUCAUGCUUAAUCCAAUUUUUGUAAGAGCCGUUCAUUUAUAAUUACUGAUAAGUUUUGUGUAGUGUGGACUUGUUUGCUUCUUCAGGUUCACUUCCCAAACUCGCAUCAAAACCCACAGGUGAAAUACACAAUUACAGGGUCACGUGAUCAUGUUCCAUGACUGAUCAGUCAGCCUGCGUUCUAACAGGGAUGCUACACUGGGCACUAAUUGAAGCGCUCAGUUUGCGACGCGUAAAAAAACAUCUUAGACUUUUUUUUCGAACAUACAGUACAGUACAGUACAGGUACGUGCCGCUAUCUCAUUUUGUGUAGCUAUUGCAUUGAUUACAGUGAACGGUACGCUUCAGUUAUGCACCUGGUUUAACUUCCCUGUAAAGCAUUUUUGCAUACAGUAUUUCUUCCUGCAGCAAUAAACAAAUAUAUCUAUUUUUUUUAUUAAAUAUACAAAUGCGAUUGUGUUUUUGAAGGGUGUACCACCAACAGACAAAAUGAUGAACAUGAGAUACAUAAUAAGUAAAGUAAUUGUUUGUGUGGCAGGCAGUAGUAGGGGUGUGAAUUGGUAUACCGCUUUUUAGGAUGGUGAACUUGUACAUCAUGUUUGACCUAAAGGUGUUUACAUUGAGACCCAUAUACUUCCCAUCUACUGUAUGUGUCUUCUGGUUGUAUACAGUACUCUCAUGAUAAUGUCUGUAAAGCUUAUGGUUUUGUGAUUUCUCUUGUCUACACAUUUUGCCAAAACAAUUUACUUUUGUAGUUUUAUAUUGUGUUAUAAUCUCAUUAAAUGCUGGUAACUGCUGUCUAAA